ACACGCGUAACUGAUGGAGCGCAUACAUGACGGACUGCUCGGCAACCACCACGGAAUAAAGAGCGAGUGCGAGACCACCAUGCGCCUGGAGGAACCGCGCGGUCUGCCAUGCUGAGCAUCUCCAUCACUCUCCUGCUGGCUCUAAGCGCUCCCGGCCGCUGCGCACACAGCUGGAGCGACGAGGACCUCCUGCUGCCGCCCGUCAACUCCUCCGGGAGGUUCGUGGCCAGUCUGGAAGUGGAUGUGGGCUACUCGAAGAGAUCCGUGGAGGAGCCCGAAGCCUCCUCGACGUGUAACGUGAGCGUGGAGAGACUCCCCACCAAACUCAUGGCGCGCUGGGACAGCAACUUCGGCUUCCAGUGCGACGUGCUCAUGUACACCACCAACAACCACGGCAAGGCGUUCUUCUCCGCCGCCUUCAACCGCGCGAUCUCGCCGGUGUACAUCGAGCACCUGGGCAUCACGGGCGGCCAGCAGGAGUUCCGACUCUGCGUGGGAUGCGGGCUGUCCCGGUACCGGAGAUUCAGACGGGGCAGGUCCGAGGGUCCGCAGACGGGCGACUCCGUGCAUUUCUGCUGCGUGGAUUUCGCUUUGGACGACCUGAAGGGGGAUCGAAGCUGGAGGCUCAACCGCAAACCCAUCGAAUCCACUCUGGUGGCUUGUUUCAUGACUUUAGUCAUCAUUAUAUGGAGCGUCGCUGCCCUCAUAUGGCCAGUUCCUAUAAUCGCGGGAUUCCUGCCCAAUGGAAUGGAGCAGAGAAGGCCGAGGUAAUAGAAUAGAAAUUAGCACCUUAAUCUACAAGAAAGGAGUUCCUAAAUUAGUUG